AUGUCUGUCACACUGCAUACCACCCAAGGCGACCUCAAGGUUGAGCUAUUCUGUGAAGCAGUCCCCGAAACCUCAGAGAACUUCCUCGCCCUUUGCGCAUCUGGCGCCUACAAUGACACUCCAUUCCACCGUCUUAUUCCAGGAUUCAUGAUCCAAGGCGGCGACAUCUCCCUUGGGCCAGUCGCUCGGCCGUCAACCUCCACAAAGCCACCGCUGCCGUUUGAGAUCCCGAAAGGCGGUACAUCUAUCUACCACCCCGCUGCUAUGAACCAAGAAAUCCACCUUCCGUCAAUUCGACACAAUGCCCGCGGUGUCCUCUCCAUGGCGUCCCGCCCCGUCAAGGACAGAACUGCUCCCGGCUCACAGAAUGCGACUGGCGCGACUAUAAACGGAAGCCAAUUCUUUAUCAUUUUUGCACCUGCGCCGCAUCUCGAUGGAGCCAGUACGGUCUUUGGAAAAGUGUUGAACCUGACUCCCCAGGAUGAGGGUGGUGAUGUCCUUUCAAAGCUGGAGAAGGCCAAUGCGAAGGUUGAUAAGAAGGGCAAGGUUUCUCAGCCGAAGGAAGGUGACGACUUUGAGGCGCUUCGGAUUCAGCGCGUCACUAUUCAUGCGAACCCUUUUGCGAAGUGA